AUGUAUUGCACGCUGAACACACACAAACUGGAUGUGGACAAAGUGCUUGGAUACGAAAUUGGUCUAAACGACUUCAUCUUCGCACACGUUCGGGGUCAGCCGAAGGAGAUCACGAUGCGCAAACAAUGCGAUUCACUUGGCAUGACACUUGCGGACACCGGGUGCGGCACAGUGUUCAUCAAGCGCAUCCAACCAGGUGGCACUAUAGCCCACGUAUCGGAGUGCAGUGGAGGAUUGCUUGAAGUCGGAGAUCAGGUAGAGAGGGUCAAUGAUGUCUCCUUUGUGGGCAGGCGGCACCACGAAUUGGCAGCAUACCUCAAACGCAUUCCGAUCGGAUCAACAUUUAUGCUACGUGUCGUUUCUCCCGAAAAAUCAUCCAUAUGUAAGUGA